AUGUUCAUUGGAGCUAUCCGCGCACUUCUCGACUUCCGUUAUUUGGCGCAAGCAAAAGUCAUUAACGAAGCCACCUGUGAUCAGAUUCAAAAGGCUCUUCACGACUUCCACUUGUAUAAGCAAGCCAUUCUGGAUGCUGGAGCCCGGCGAGGAAAGAAAAAGGCAAUCUUAAACUGGUACAUACCCAAGCUGGAGUUCCUUCAAAGUGUCGUUGCCAAUAUUCAGUUAAACGGGGUUGCAAUUCAGUGGUCUGCUGAUACUACAGAGCAUGCUCACAUUGAGGUUGUCAAAGAUCCUACAAAAUCUGCCAACAACCAAAACCAUGAACCACAGAUAUGUCGUUACCUUGACCGCUUGGACAAGCUACGUGAUUUUGAUCUGGCUACAGGUAUUCGCGAGUCUAAACUGGACUUUCGAUUUCGAGGCGACAAUGUUAUUCCAGAUCCAGACACCUUUGUUGACAAACUCGGAGAACAAAGUCACUUCAAUAUCAGUACCACCGCUGACCUUCUCGCCAAUGUAGACUUUGUAUCACCACUCAUUGGCUCCACACGCCCCACAGUAGAUUAUUUCAAGAUUGCGUCUCAACUUAAGCUUGGUCAGAUUCCGAAUGCUCCCCACCCUCACAGAACACACCAAUCCUCACCAAAUUCUACUUUCCAUCUGACCCGUGAUCCCAGCUUCAAACGCAUGCUUGUCGAUGAUGUUGCGACUUUGUUCAACCUUCCGGAUCUCCGACCUGCCUUAGGGGACUAUGGACAAAGAAUCUCGCAGACAGAGGAGUCUUCUACCACUCUUAUUGGAGGCCGACGAUUGUCAGGCGACACGUGCGCUCUUCCCUUUCUUUAUCUUGAAGUCUGGAACCAGCUCCGAAUUCAAACAAAAGAAUACCAUGCACCUCAUGGCGUUUUGGCCGCCCACACAGUCAACGCGUACCCACCAUCUCCUGAGUGGCCACUAGGCCACUAUGAUUCUGUUAUAGCAAAUGUCGAUCCUGCUGAAAAAUGGCCUCAGAGCGGCCUCAAAGGUCACAUUGUUGUCGAUGUCCGAGUGGUGUUUCGUAUUGUCCCAACUCUGGCAAUGCAGCAUAUCCCAGAUCAGUUUUUGGCUUACGUUCAGCGUUUUGAUAUUGUGCCCCAGGUUAAUCAAUCAAUAUCUGGUUCAAGAACUGCUAAAGGACCAUUUCCCAAUCCAUAUUCCUCCCUGUAUAUCCUGAAAAGGGCAAAGAGGGCAGAUCAAAGAAUAAUUGGCGACAUUCUUCCCCUCCAUCGUAUUCGUGCCUUAGUUGACAUUGCUCCUCGCUUUGGUGACAUCGCAAAUAAGACGUUGACAGCUCAAAACAGCACAGUGUACAGUUCCGAGUAUUCAUUGAAUAAGUACUUCGAUAAGGAGUUAUUCUGGGCAUUAACUUAG